CCGCUGUCCUUCCCGCUGAGGCGCGGAGAGAUCAUGGAUCCCAACCGAAUUAUCCAGGCGCUCAAAGGCACCAUCGACCCCAAGCUGCGCCUGGCGGCCGAGAAUGAGCUCAACCAGUCCUACAAGAUAAUAAACUUUGCUCCCAGUCUACUACAAAUCAUUGUUUCUGAUCAAGUGGAAUUCCCAGUCAGGCAAGCAGCUGCUAUUUACUUGAAAAACAUGGUGACACAAUAUUGGCCAGACAGAGAGCCCCCGCCAGGGGAGGUGAUAUUUCCAUUCAAUAUUCAUGAAAAUGAUCGUCAGCAGAUUCGGGAUAAUAUUGUAGAAGGAAUUAUUCGUUCUCCAGACUUAGUGAGAUCCCAGUUGACAAUGUGCCUUCGUGCUAUUAUUAAGCAUGACUUCCCAGGUCACUGGACAGCAGUGGUGGACAAGAUUGGGUAUUACCUGCAGUCGUCCAAUAGCGGAAGCUGGCUUGGAAGCCUCCUGUGCCUGUACCAAUUGGUAAAAACCUAUGAAUAUAAGAAAGCUGAGGAACGAGAUCCUCUCAUUGCCGCAAUGCAAAUAUUCUUGCCUCGAAUUCAGCAACAGAUGAUCCAGCUUCUUCCUGACAACUCCCAUUAUUCUGUGCUCCUUCAGAAACAGAUCUUAAAAAUUUUCUAUGCACUUGUUCAGUACGCUUUGCCACUUCAGCUGGUGAAUAACCAAACGAUGACUCAGUGGAUGGAGAUUUUCCGGACUGUCAUUGACAGAAGUGUGCCUCCUGAAACUCUUCAGGUUGAUGAAGAUGACCGGCCAGAAUUGGUGUGGUGGAAAUGUAAGAAGUGGGCUUUUCGGAUUGUUGCUCGUCUUUUUGAAAGGUAUGGUAGUCCUGGAAACGUAACAAAAGAAUAUUUUGAAUUUUCUGAAUUCUUCUUGAAAACCUAUGCUGCGGGAAUCCAGCAGGUACUCCUAAAAAUCUUGGAUCAAUACAGGCAGAAAGACUACGUAGCUCCACGUGUCCUUCAACAAACAUUAAACUAUCUGAACCAGGGAGUCCAUCACUGUAUAACCUGGAAGCAGAUGAAACCCCAUAUGCAGACUUUAUGUGAAGACGUCAUCUUUUCUCUAAUGUGUUAUAAAGAUGAGGAUGAAGAGCUCUGGCAGGAGGACCCGUAUGAAUACAUCCGCAUUAAAUUUGAUGCGCUUGAGGAUUAUGCAUCCCCUACAACAGCAGCCCAGAUUCUUCUGUACACUGCGGCAAAAAAACGAAAGGAGGUGUUACCAAAAAUGAUGGCAUUUUGUUAUCAGAUUCUCACUGAGCCCAACAUUGACCCAAGAAAGAAAGACGGGGCAUUACAUGUAAUUGGAUCACUGGCAGAUAUCUUGCUGAAGAAAAGCGUGUUCAAGGAUCAGAUGGAGUUGAUGCUGCAGAAUCAUGUCUUUCCGUUAUUCAUGUCAAAUCUUGGAUAUUUAAGAGCAAGAUCCUGUUGGACCAUUCGUUCAUUCAGCACCUUAAAAUUUCACAAUGAGCUCAAUCUAAAGAAUGCCGUUGAACUGAUAAAAAAGAGCUUGAUUGAAGACAAAGAAAUGCCUGUCAAAAUGGAAGCUGCCAUUGCACUUCAGUCCUUGAUAAGCCAUCAGGAGCAAGCAAAGGAAUACAUUAAGCCCUACAUCAGGCCUGUUAUGCAGGAGCUGCUGCUUGUAGUUCGAGAGACACAGAACGAUGAACUUACCAAUGUAAUUCAGAAGCUGAUCUGUGAAUACAGCCAAGAAGUAGCCACCAUUGCUGUGGAAAUGACACAACAUCUGGCUGAGAUUUUUGUUAAAGUUCUUCAGAGUGAAGAGUAUGAAGAAAUGGAAGAUAAAACUGUGAUGGCCAUGGGGAUCCUGCAUACAAUUGACACAAUCCUAACUGUGGUGCAGGAUCACAAGGAGGUGAAUCUUUUCAACUCUUUGAAAACUCAAUUCAAGCAUGAACAAGUCCUAACUGGUGAUGCAGGGGAAGAUGCUGAGUGCCAUGCAGCCAAGCUCUUAGAGAUUAUUAUACUGCAAUGCAAAGGAAGAGGUAUUGAUCAGUGCAUCCCUCUGUUUGUAGAAGCUGUGCUUGAGCGCUUAACGCGAGGGGUUAAAACCAGCGAGCUCCGCACCAUGUGCCUCCAGGUUGCCAUUGCUGCCCUCUACUACAACCCUGAGCUUCUUUUGCACACUUUGGAGAACAUCCGGUUUCCUCAUAACCCAGAGCCUAUCACUGCGCAGUUUAUAAACCAGUGGAUGAACGAUACAGACUGUUUUCUUGGGCUUCAUGACAGGAAGAUGUGCAUCAUCGGACUGAGCAUCCUCAUGGGGCUGCCCUCUCGACCCCCUGCAGUGGACGCUGUGGCUGCCCAGAUUGUCCCCUCGGUUCUCCUCCUAUUCCUGGGACUAAAGCAAAUGUGCGCCACCCAGCAACAUACAGAACACGAAGAGCACGGGAAAGCUGAAAAGAACGAUGCCGAAGAUAAUGAAGAGAUUCCAAGUGAUGAAGAGGAAGUGAAUGAAACAAAUCAGGACAUGCAGGAGAACCAUGCUGGUGGCGGUGGCGAUACAGGGGAUGAUGAUGAUGAUGAUGACGAUGAUGAAGACUGGGAUGAUGAAGCAUUAGAAGAAACUGCUUUAGAAGGCUUCAGCACGCCUAUUGAUCUAGAGGAUGGUGUGGAUGAAUAUCAGUUCUUCACACAAGCAUUGUUAGCUGUACAAAGCCGAGAUGCUGGCUGGUACCAUUUGUUGACUAGACCACUCAGCGCUGAUCAGAAGACCCAGUUGCAGGAAAUCUGUGCAUUAGCUGAACUCCGGAGAAACUCUGCAGAAUCAAAGAGGAUAGAACAACAAACGGGCUUCCCAUUUGAUAACAAAGGACUGGUCUCUGGAUAUAACUUUGGCACUGCUCCAGGAAGCAACUGAAGGGGAAAAGAGCUUAAAGAACUGUGCAAAAACAUUUCAUUAUUAAAAAAAAAAAGGUGACUUAUGAACAGGGAAGGUAAUCAAGGGGUCUGCAAGUUUUCCCCUUUGGAAAAGGCGGUAUUUGACCCUCUUCCCCCUCUCAUUAAGAUAUUCUUUCUAACCAGCUGCUGUAAUGUAUAAAUUCUUGUGGGUAUUUUUAUAAGUUGUUGGACUGAAAAGAAAGCCUCUGUCCCCUCUUCCUUCUCCUUGGGAAAGGGGCGGCUAUUUGAAACCGAAUGGAAAUUGCACUUCUCAGGUUUUUGACGUGUGACAUUGAAGGGGUCCUAUGGAUAACAGUGCCUUCUGUUGUAUAUACGGAUAGCCCGACAAAAGAGUUUUGGAACGCAAUGCUUUUUUUCCCCUCUCAUUUAAAAGAAAAGAGAAAGGGCACAGAAAAAGGUCAUAAUUCAUAUCUUGCUUUCCAUAUACUCUUGCGUUAACUUCCUCGGAAGAAAUCAUGGCUGCAUUGUGCCCCGUCACGCAUUUUACAGUUAACUGUAGAAACCGUUGUUAACAUCCCUGCGUGUGUGUUGGCUUCGACAUCAUGCCUCAUUGAGUUAUCGAAAAAUGUCUUCGCAUUCACUGCUGUUACCAGAUGGUGAAUUGUUUUUAAAAUUCUUCUUUAGAGUGGUCAGGCUUUAUGCUUGUGUGUGUGUGGGGGGGGGGUUGUUUUGUCUUCCAAACUUUGCAAAACAUCCUCCUUGCUUACCACGGACUCCCAUCUGCAUGUUGUAAGCCUUUUAAAGUGAUCACUCUGCUUACCUUGGACCUUAUCUGGCCUAUGAAGACACCUGUCCUAUCUAGCCAAGAACAGUGGCCUUAUUCUCCCCAGUUGGUGGAGACAGCAGCCAGAAGGGGUUGUCUCUGUCCAGUGACCAAUCAGACUGAGUCUGCAGCUGUGACAUCUGGUGACUCCUCCCAGCUUUAGACUUAGUCCGAUCAGGACUGGACGCAUAAAUUAAUUCUCCUCCAAAUUAGCUAGCUAAUUAGGUUUUUUUUCCCCAAAAAAUUUCACUCUCUAUUUUUUUUAAUUGGCUUAUCUAAGGUUUUGCUACUGCUCUUCUUUAUCUGCAAUCUACAGACUGCAUUUCCUUGGCUCUUACUUCAUCGCAGGUGCCACAAAGUAACUCCGGAGCAUCCUGUAACUUCUAACCAUCGGGAAAACCUGCGGGCAGCAACCCCAAAUUAGGUUUUAGGUUUUAGGUUUUAUUAACAUUUAUAGGCCGCCCUUUUCCCUGAGGGGACUCAGGGCGGCUCACAAAAAACCAGGGAGGGGGAAAUACAACGUUAAGAUUACAACAUAUAAUAAAAUAGUAAACAACAUA